AUGGAAGACGCUGGUGUUCAAAAAACAAUUUGGGAUGGAGAUGCCAAGGCUGUACAGCAGUGUCUGACGGAUAUAUUCACAAGUGUCUACACCACCUGUGAUGUACCAGAGAAUGCCAUCUUUGGCCCCUGUGUUCUGAGCCACACUUCCCUCUACGACAGUAUAGCUUUUAUAGCCCUCAAAUCCACAGACAAGAGAACGGUGCCCUACAUAUUUCGGGUGGACACUUCAGCUGCAAACGGCUCCUCCGAGGGACUGAUGUGGCUCCGUCUGGUUCAAUCUGCCAGAAACAAAGAGGAACAAAAUCUGGAAGCCUACAUCAAGAACGGACAACUGUUUUACAGAUCCCUGCGCAGGAUUGUCAAAGACGAGGAACUAUUAGUCUGGUAUGGGAAAGAACUGACAGACCUGCUUCUUCUACACCCUGCCAGGGCGCAGGGAAAAACUCCCGGAACAACACAGCAUACAUGCUUGGAGUGUAGUCAAAGAUUUCAGUAUGAUUUUCCUUAUGUGGCCCAUGUAAGAUUUCGUUGCCCUAAAAGAGUCCAUAAUUCCGAUCCUAACUCAGAACAGCUGGUCAAGGACAAUAGAGAACUUGAACCUCGAAACGCUAUGGUAUCUACAACCAAAUACAACAAGCUAUCAAUUUAUCAGCCCCAAAAAGAGAACCACAAGCCCACCACAGACUUUCACAACUUGGCCAGGGACCUAGAGAAUUUUAGAAACCCCAGUUCUUCAUCUUUUAGCUCUUCCCCAACAACCAAAUCCCAUCUUGCACGCCAGGACUCGGAGAAUUCCUCUGAGAGCCUUCAUAAAACCAAAAGAAAGUAUGAGGACCACUUGGAGGACAACAGAUCCAGACGGAUAGAAUCUUCUGGGAGGUUUAUGGACAGGCCCAUACCUUCUUCUAAAGAGGACUUAGUGUGCAGUCCUCAGACAUUUAGAGGCAGCUCUUACUUUAAUGUAGAGGAAGGAGGGCAGUUAUAUGCUCCACCAAGUCCAGAGAAAGCGGAAGCAAAGAGAAGCGCAUUUGUAGAAGUGAAAAAGGCAUCUAGAGGACUGGAAGAAGCCGAGCCAAGCUCUGAGGGUAAAGAGAAAUCUCCGUCCCACCCAGGCAGUCCAAGUGGGGAGAAGAGAUUGAACCUCAGACCUGAAAAUCAGUCAGAAGACAAUGCACCGAUGGGCAGUGCCUUUACUAGCGUGCCCCAGAUGGCAAACCAAGAUCCGGAAAGGAAAAGUGCUUUCUCACAACCGACUAGAAGCAGCUUCAACCAUGUGACUCCACUACAGGUGAUGGGGCAAAAACUGGUACCCAGUGGGUUAAAUUUGGAUUGCCAUGGAGACAGUGUUGGGCCAGCCAGGCUAUAUCAGUCUGAUCCACUCUCAGUUAAGCUUCAGAGCCCUGAAUUAAAUGGUAACUGCACACUACCGGGAGGCAUGCCCAAGCAAAGUCCUUUCCUCUUUGCUACUACAUUUUGGCCAAAGAGCUCACCUGCACCCCUUCAAAUGCAGCUGCCUUCUACCCUUACCCUACUGCCUCCUUCCUUCACCUCCCUGUGUCUGCCAGCUCAAAACUGGUGUGCCAAAUGCAAUGCUUCCUUUAGAAUGACUUCUGAUUUGGUGUACCACAUGAGGUCUCACCACAAGAAAGAGUAUGCCAUGGAACCAUUAGUGAAGAGGAGGAGAGAGGAAAAACUAAAGUGCCCCAUAUGUAAUGAGUCCUUCAGGGAACGUCACCACCUCUCCAGGCACAUGACCUCUCAUAAUUAA